AUGUGGGGCUUCAAUGUCACUCCUUUCCAGCCAGCUACUUUACAGCUGACAGGCAUUCCUGGGAUGCAGACAGGCCAAGCAUGGCUUGCCCCGAUUUUCUUCAUCCUCUACCUGAUCUCCAUCAUAGGCAACCUCAGCAUUCUCAGUCUGGUGGUUCAAGAACCUUCUCUGCAUCAGCCCAUGUACUACUUCCUCUCUAUGCUCUCUCUCAAUGACCUGGGAGUGUCCCUCUCUACACUUCCCACUGUGCUUGCCACUUUCUGCUUCAAUUACCGCCAGGUUGGCUUUGAUGCUUGCCUGGUCCAGAUGUUCUUUAUCCACACUUUCUCUUUCAUGGAAUCAGGCAUACUGCUGGCCAUGAGCUUUGAUCAUUUUGUGGCUAUUUGUGACACAUUACACUAUGCCACUGUUCUCACUAACAGUCGCAUCUUGGCCACGGGCCUGGGCAUCCUGGCCAAAAGUUUCAUCACCCUCUUUCCAUUUCCCUUUCUGGUGAAACGACUGCCCUUCUGCAAGGGCAAUGUCUUGCAUCACUCAUACUGCCUCCAUCCCGAUCUCAUGAAAGUGACAUGUGGAGACAUCCAUGUUAACAAUAUCUAUGGACUCUUUGUGGUCAUUUUCACCUAUGGCAUAGACUCAACGUUCAUCUUGCUAUCCUAUGCAUUGAUCCUGAGAGCAGUGCUGGCCAUUGCAUCUCAGGAGCAGAGGCUCAAGGCACUUAACACCUGCAUGUCACAUAUCUGUGCAGUGCUGGCCUUUUAUGUUCCUAUAAUUGCUGUCUCCAUGAUCCACCGCUUCUGGAAAAGUGCUCCACCUAUUGUUCAUGUCAUGAUGUCUACUGUCUACCUGUUUGUGCCUCCCAUGCUCAACCCUAUCAUCUACAGUGUGAAGACAAAGAAGAUUCACAGGGCGAUCCUCAAGGUCUUCCAGAAAUCCCGGAACUGAGCAAAGCUUAAUUAAGACCCGCAGAAA